GUGGUAUCAUGAGUUUGAACCAUCCUCGAGCGGGAUUUUAACGAAGCUGUAGUCUGACAGUUCACGAUUCUGUCUUCGGAGAUGUAUYUCUACAUUAUUACAGCAGCUUUCCUCUGCUCCGGGUUUGUAGAGUCGCGAAAAGUGAGAGGAAUAUCCUCGUCCUAUAAACGAUUCUACAAGGAGAGAAAGUCCUUUUUGUGCAUCGACGGGUCCAAAAUGAUUCCAUUCGAGCAGGUGAACGAUGACUACUGCGACUGCGCAGACGGCUCUGAUGAACCAGGCACGUCGGCCUGUCCUCGUGGCCGGUUCUACUGCACCAACCUGGGUUUCCGCCCGCACUACAUCCCCUCAUCACGAGUUAACGAUGGCAUCUGUGAUUGCUGCGACGCCUCUGAUGAAUACAACAGCCACACUCGCUGCCAGAACUCGUGCUGGAAUCUGGGGCAGAAAGAGAGGGCGUACGUGGAGGGGCAGAUGAGAACCUUGGACGAGGGUUUGCGACUCAAGCAGCAGCUGAUUGAGGAGGGAGUGCUGCUCUGGAGGGAGAAGCAGGCUCAGCUCAGAGAGCUCCAGCAGGCUGCUGAGGAUCUGCAGAUCAAGUUAGAAGAACACAGGAGGAGGAAACAUGAYGCCGACCGAUUCAAAGAACAAACAAUAAAGUCGCUGGAAGUUGGAAUUAAUGGUUUUAGACCUCAGAAUACAUCUGUAAUCAGCCUUUUCCAAUUCCUGGACAGCAAUAAAGAUGGCAGUAUAUCGGUGGAUGAAGUCAAGGCUAAAGUGGUGCUUGUUCAUGAUGAGAAGCGGGUUCUUUCUGAGGAUGAAGCGCUGGUUUUGUUGGGGGGUGGCCAUGAAAUGGAUCUGACAAAAUUUCGACACACAUUCUGGGAAAUCCUGACACGAGGCGACAAUGUCAAGAUCAAAGACGCUGCCCCAGGUGGUCCUACGAGUAAAGAUCUGUACUUAAAGGAAGCCGACAGAGCUGCCGAGUGGGAGGCGACCAAUCUGAAGAAGGUGGAAGAAGCCUACGAGACAAUCAACUUGGAAAUAAGUGAUCUGCAAAAGAAGCUGGACAUAGAUUAUGGAACUGAUUGGGAGUUUCUGUUUUUGAGCGGCCAGUGCUACAAGCUACAAGUCUAUGAGUACAACUAUAMGCUGUGCCCGUUCAAUCAUGUCACACAGAAGAGCACAACAGGAACAGAGGUCUCAUUAGGGGUGUGGGGGAUGUGGGCAGGACCACCGAAGAACCACUACAGUCAGAUGGUGUAUGAGAAUGGAGAGCCAUGCUGGCAGGGAGGUUCACGCUCUGCUACAGUCACGCUGACAUGUGGAACAGAGACAGGCCUGCGAUCAGCGAGGGAGCCCAGCAAAUGUCAGUACAUCCUGGACUUUCAGACUCCUGUGGCCUGUCAGCCAGUGCUGAAGCAGAGGGGUGUGCACAGUGAACUGUGACCCCCACGCCUUACCGCCUCAGCCUAGAAUAACUCGGACCCCUGCCCCCGUCGGCUCGCCCACAGUGACAGGCUGGGGGUCCUGAGGGUCCGUGUUGUCAGAACGCAUAUUCUUCUCAGCCAGUUUGACUGAGGUCAGAACGGGUUUUUCAGUGACACCACUUUAGUUUUUGUGUCACUUUACUUCUGUUACAAACAGGAUGAACUGAGAUCCUCAGAUCUCUGCGUUAUUUUCAUCACAUCAGAGCAGAAAGACUCAGAUAGAGAAGGAGAAACCAGGUGAGUCGGAGCUGUGCUUCCAACUGUUCAGCUUCUAAUCYACAAAACAGCAGCAGAAACGUCUGCUUCAAGCUACAYUGCAGAAACUGUCCAUCUAACUGUUUUACAAUCUGUCUGAUACACUGAGCAAGAGCAGAAUGUGGUGGAUUAUUAAUCCUGCUAAUCUGGAAAUGUUCUUGUUUUAAGAAGUCUUACUGCACUGGCAGAUUGUAUGAGCGCUAUGAAGGUUUUACAUAAAGUUCAUGUAUUUAUUUUUUUGGCACGAGCACUGUUCCGCAAUUUUUGAGCUAUUUCAACGAAUCCUGUAUGAAAACUCUCAGCUCCUUCAGGCUGUGGCUUUUAGUAUUUCAGCCAUUUAUACUGAGAUAUUCAGACUUUYCUAUUUUUCUUCUUGAAAAUGAAUGGAGCUGUCCACAUCUUUAACAUAGUCAAACCAUUCCUGCGUUAACGUCUUUGUGCUAAUUUUAGCUUAUUUUAGAUUUUCUUUUUUUUUUUUGGUCUUUUCAGAUAUUCUGAUAAUAUAAUUUUUGUGCUUCUUUCUGCUGAUUUAAGCCUUUUUUUUACUUCUUUCUUUCAGCUGUAGGUACUUUUAGCUUUCUCAAAGAUAAAUUCAUCUUUUUGUGAUAGUUUGAGCUGAUUUGUGCAAGAUAGGGCUUUUUUUUUACAACAAAUUGCAAAAUUUUAUUUUUUCUCCCCUGGCAAAAUUUUUUUUUCAGUAUUUAGCAUUUCCACUACAUUUGCACAGAAAAUGCAUAUUCUUUAGUUUCACUUAAUUUGAGAAUUUUCAGACUAUAAUCUAGUGUCAACUUAUUUUAGAUGGCUAAUUUUUGCAGUGUAGCAAAGACUAACUAGAUUAAAAGCAAAAAAAAACGUUGCCAAAAAAAGCUGUAUGGUGUGUAUUGACAUGUUUCUUGUCACAAUUGUAGAGAAAAAGACAAACAAAAUUUUUAUUUUGUUUCUGGAAACCAUCCCAGGUCCCCAAACUUGGUUUUGGCCUCCAGGGUAGGGUCCUGACCCCCRAUAUUUGGGACCCACUGGAGAGCCUUCUGACAGAUUGUUCCCAAAGUUGAGGUUGGGACAYCCUCGUGGACCACAAAACACCAAGUUUAGGGUCUUCAGAUGAGCUCCAGUAAAGAAGUUAGCAAUGAAAUAGUUACUAUUAGCAAAUAGUGCUAAUGGAAUGCUAAUAGUACAUUUUUGCCAACAUUAUCACAACAGCUUUAACAGUUGUCAUUAGUCGGUAACAGUAGAAAUACAAUCAUUGGAAGCUGAAACAUUUGGGAAUCUCCAGUUUAGACCAAAGGUUUCAGCUUUCUGCUCUGAAAAUAAAAGUUUUCAUCCUCGACUCUCUGCUGCUGUUUGAACUUUACAAUCAGACUCUUCAGUGAUCGAAGAUCCCAGACGUUGGGAACCACAGAGCUAGCUGAUGCUCUUAAAUAACUGCCUGUUUUGCACCAAGAAAACCAUCCUUCAGCUAGAUGGUAGUGUUUUAUUAAAGGCCUCAUUAAAGGGAGAGUUCAGGUAUUUUAACGUGGGUUUUGUAGAAAUAAUAAAAUCCUGAUCUGCAUUCGCUCACAUCGUGUUUCUGCCCUUCUGAUGAUGUUCAAGAGCGUUGUGUUUGCACAACUUAUUUUUGUAACGUUGUCUAGCGUAUCUGACCAACGCCAGCGAGGAUAAAUCUGGAUGUAAACUUUACUUGUCAUGACAGCCACCUGCCACUCAUAACUGUCAUGCUCCUAAUGUUCACAUGAAAUAUGAGUGUUCRUUUGUGCUGGAAACUAACGUACAGAACCAAAAAAAAGUACUUUUCUUCCUAAAUAAAUCCAGUGUUCUGAUUGGUUAUUUACAAAGUGCUGAUUAAACUCCACCCUCUUUUUUUUACAUCAGCUCUCCUAAAAUUGAAAAGUUUUUUUACAAACACAGAUUUGUUCAUUUUCCAAUUAUAGAGUGGAGUAAAAAUCGGACUUGUAGUUUAAAUAUUUAUAGUUUUCAUAAAGAGAAGUUGCUCGAAGGCCAGACAAAGUAUUAAAGGGAGUAACACAAUAACAGCUUCGUAGAAGAAAUGUCUGUUUAGUAUUGCAUCAUUUUUACAGUGUUUAAAAUGAACAGACUAAUAAAUAAAACAUUGCUGUUUAAAUUCA